AUGUUACGCCAUUUGCUUUUGCCGCUCGUUCUCGCCAGUAGGCGAGCGCUGGUUGAUGCCGCGCUCCCCGCGCCGCCGGGGGACUAUGAUGUAUUGCAGUAUAUAGAUCCGCUGAUCGGCAGCGCCAACGGAGGCAAUGUCUUCGCGGGUGCGUCUCUGCCGUAUGGCAUGGCCAAGGCUGUUGCCGAUACCGAUUCCGAGAACAACCAGGGCGGUUUCGCCUAUGAUGGCAGUAAUGUGACUGGCUUCUCGAGCAUGCAUGAUUCUGGCACUGGCGGAAAUCCCUCGCUCGGGAAUUUCCCUCUCUUUCCAUAUGCGCAAUGCGCCGGCGAUGAUGUGGAUGGUUGUGUUUUUCCGAAGAAGUCGCGGAAGACGAAGUAUAUGCCUGAUUCUGUCGAGUCCAGCCCGGGCUACUUUGCUCUGACGCUAGCUUCUGGCGUACGUGUUGAUAUGACUACUGCUCAGCAUACUUCGCUUUUCCGCUUCCAAUUUCCCCCUGGCAGCAACCCGCUGAUUCUGUUGGAUCUCUCGGAUCUAUCCGACUCGCGCCAAAAUAAUGCGACGAUCUCGAUCAACGAGUCUAACGGGCGCAUGAUGGGCAGUGCCAAGUUUUUGCCUAGCUUUGGCAGUGGAGAAUACGACCUUCACUUUUGCGCCGACUUCCAUAGCUCUGCCUCGUUGCGCGACAGCGGUAUCUUUGUUGAUGCUCGAGCUAGUACUGGUGUUCACGACUUGAAGAUCUCGCGCAGCAUUAAUGGCUAUCCCCUGCCGGGCGGUGGUUUUGUCCGUUUCAAAACUCCCGCAGAUGGUGUCAUCCAAGCUCGUGUUGGGUUGAGUUUCAUCAGCCCCGAGCAGGCUUGUUCCAAUGCUGAAUCGGAGAUUGCCAACUUUGAUUUUGAAUCCAUCCGCAAAGCUGCAGUCGCGCAAUGGACCGAGAAAAUGCGUCCGAUCCGUGUCUCGCGCAACGGUGUCAAGCCGUCUGUCCUCACCAACUUCUACAGUGGUAUCUACCGGACAAUGAUUAAUCCCCAGAACUACACUGGCGAGAACCCGCUGUGGACGAGCUCAGAGCCGUAUUUCGAUUCUUUCUACUGUAUCUGGGAUUUGUUCCGUUCGCAAUUUCCCUUCCUGAUAAUCUUCGACCCUAGAUCAGCGGCUCAGAUGAUACGCUCUCUGAUUGAUACUCAGCGUCAUCUUGGGUGGCUGCCUGACUGCCGCAUGUCGCUGUGCAAAGGUUACACGCAAGGUGGAUCGAACGCUGACAAUGUCUUUGCUGAUGCCUACGUCAAAGGCAUCAGGGAGGGUAUUGACUGGGACGCAGGGUACGCAGCCGUCCAGAAAGAUGCAGACGUGGAGCCCUUUGACUGGUCUAAUGAGGGCCGUGGCGGCCUGCAAAGCUGGAAGAAACUCAACUAUGUCCCAGUUGAAGAUUUUGACUAUAUCGGCUUCGGAACUAUGACUCGCAGUAUCUCACGCACUCUCGAAUAUGCCUACAACAACUUUGCUAUUUCCCAAAUUGCUUCUCGGAUGAACAAAACUGCCGAUACUGCGCGAUAUGAAGAGGAGUCACGAUACUGGAAAAAUCUAUUCCGAAAGGACCAGGAAUCAUAUAUGAAUGGCACUAAUACUGGGUUCACUGGAUUCUUCCAGCCCAAGUACCUCAACGGAACCUGGGGGUAUCAGGAUCCUCUCAAAUGCUCGAACAUUGAUACCAGUGGAAGUAUCUGUUCCCUUCAAAACAACGCAGCCGAGACUUUCGAGUCAAGCAUCUGGGAGUAUCAAUUCUUCGUACCCCACGACAUGGCCGCUCUCAUCUCCAUUCUCGGAGGGCCUUCCAGCUUCGUCAGACGCCUCGACUACCUCCACGAUCAGAAGAUCACCUACAUUGGUAACGAGCCCGCCUUCCUAACAGUCUUCCAAUACCACUACGCCGGCCGCCCAGCCAAAUCCACCGCUCGGGUUCGCACUUACAUCCCCGAAUACUUCGCUCCAACCCCCGCAGGUCUACCCGGCAACGAUGACUCCGGCGCGAUGGGUUCUUUCGUCGCCAUGUCAAUGAUGGGUCUUUUCCCCAACCCAGGCCAAAGCGUCUAUCUCAUCACCGUGCCUUAUUUCGAGUCCGUCAGCAUCGUCUCACCCCUCACCGGCAAGACCGCCACCGUGCGUGUGAUCAACUGGGACAAGUUCAACUCCCUCAACAACACCGGUGGCACUGGCUUCAUCCAGUCUGCAACAUUGAACGGCCGGCCGUACACAAAGAACUGGUUGUCCCACGAUUUCUUCACUGAGGGUAAGGAUCUGGUUCUGGUUCUUGGCAGUCAUGAGAGUGCGUGGGGCACUAAGCCUGGGGAUCUACCGCCUUCUCUGUCUGACUCCUCUGAUAUCCUGGCCCGUGGAAUGGACGAUGCUUUGGUGGACCUAGAGCAGCCUGCUCCUCUGGCCGCGGGCGCUCAGCACUACGUUGGAAAUGGGAGAAGCGCUGGUUACCAUGCUCGGUUCGCGAAGCAGUCUCACUGGCAGAAG